AUGUCUGCCGGUAAGAUCUACUCCUUUCCUGAAUCACCAAGAUGUCAGAUUUUGGCUGCCUUGUGUAAGUCAUUGAAAAUUGACUGUGAAUUUGUUGACAUCAGAAAUGCCCCAGAGGCUGCCGAACUAUUCCCAUUAGGUAAAGUUCCAGCCCUAGUUGGCUCCAACGGUUACAAAUUGAAUGAAACCGUUCCUAUCAUCCAAUACUUAAUUUCCACUGAAACUGAUGAAGCUACUCAAAAGGAAUUGUUGGGUAAGAACCUAAAAGAAACGACUGAAAUUUCAAGAUGGCUUUGGGUGUCCAAUGGUGAUCUGGCCGGUGAAUUAUGCAACGUCAUUUUCCCAUUGAUUGGCAAAGUCCCAUACAACAAGAAACAAAUUGAGACUGGUCUUGAAAAAAUUGAAAAAUACGCUCAAUCUUUCGAAUCUAGAUUGAAAGAAUUCACUUUCUUGGCAGCUGAAAGUGUAACCAUUGCUGAUCUUAUCGCAUUCGCUUCUUGGUCAUUUGCUUUCUUAUUUAUUUGCGGCAAUGACUUCAGAUCUAAGCAUCCAUAUUUGACUAGAUGGUUCUACACUGUCAAGGACUCCAAGUAUUUGAAAGAAGCAUUUGCUGAGUACAAACCAACCGAGAAAAUGGUUGAACCACCAAAGAAGACAAAGGCCGAAAAGCCAAAGAAAGCUGAAGGCGCCAAGCAAGCUAAAGCUGAGAAGAAGCCAGAGCAAAAUGAGGCUCCACCAGCUGAACCAAAGAAACCUAAACAUCCACUGGAACUUUUGGGCAAAUCGACUUUUGUUCUAGAUGAGUGGAAGAGAAAAUACUCCAAUGACGACACAAGACCAGUUGCUCUGCCAUGGUUCUGGGAACACUAUAACCCAGAGGAAUAUUCCAUCUGGAGGGUUGACUAUAAAUAUAAUGAUGAAUUAACCUUGACCUUCAUGUCCAACAACUUGAUCGGUGGUUUCUUCAACAGAUUGUCCGCUUCAGUCAAAUACGUUUUCGGUGCUAUGGUUGUGUUCGGUGAAAACAACAACAACGGUAUUGUCGGUGCCAUCAUGGUCAGAGGUCAAGACCAUGUUCCAGCUUUCGACGUUGCUCCAGAUUGGGAGUCUUACAGCUUCACCAAGCUAGACCCAUCUAAGGAUGAAGACAAAGAAUUUGUUAACAACAUGUGGGCAUGGGAUAAGCCUGUCGUCGUUAACGGAGAAUCGAAAGAAAUCGCCGAUGGUAAAGUCUUGAAAUAA